AAUGGUGUCUCUGUUUUUGUUUAUAUUUUUCUAAAAUUGUUAAUGAAAUGAGUGUUGUUUAUUCGGAGAAGGAUUGUGUGUUGAUAAAUCAUAAGGAAUAUAUUGAUCACAUAUACCGGACAACCAUAGUAAAUCAAGGCGAUAGUGGCUCGGAUUUGAAAACAAUAUAUACUCUCCGAGAGGAUGUCUUCAAUUUUGCUCCUAAGAACCGAAAUGAUACCGACGACACUAAAAGGCAUAAAAUCAAUGCUAAAAAGUCCAGCAUUUUGAUCUCGCAAAACCCAGAACUUCACGAGUUAAAUCAAACAAUUGCUGCAAAAUCAAAAGAAUUCCUAGAAGACUGCAAGAGAAGAAAUGUCAUAUUUAACGAAUCCUCACACCACACAACUGAUAGUUCACUUUCGGUAUUCAAGGAAGUAUGUAGUGAAGAAACUGUAAAUGUUCCAUUGAACGGUAAAAACACUCUAGACAAUGCGAUUGUUACUAAAAUCUCUGGUCAAACCUAUCUCAUUCCACCGAAAUGCAAAUUCACAAACACUUGCGUGUCAGCAAUAGACAAAUUUGCUGAUGAAUUCUACGAUUUCAUAGUAAUCGAUCCGCCGUGGUGGAACAAAUACAUAAGGCGGGUACGUACGUGGAAACGUGAAGAGGGCUAUGACAUGAUGUACAAUGACGACAUUCUAAAAAUUCCAUUGGAAGACCUCAUACACCCGAAUACAAUCGUUGCGAUUUGGUGCACAAACUCACCAACUCAUUCAGAAUUUGUCAAGAAAAUUGCUUUACCUAAAUGGAAUUUGAAACUACUGGCCACAUACUAUUGGGUUAAGAUAACCAAAUCUGGCGAUCCAAUUUGUGAGUUCAAUGCGCCAUUGAAAAAACAGCCCUACGAACAAUUAUUUCUUGCAACACACAUUGAAUCGGAGCGGCUGCUAAAGGACGAUAUCAAUUUAAUUUUCAGUAUAUCUAGCGUCGUGCACUCACACAAACCACCCCUACUCGAAGUUUUCAAAGACUAUCUACCAGAUCAGCCGAAGUGUUUGGAAAUAUUUGCUCGAUAUCUACUGCCCCAUUUCAGUUCCAUCGGUCGAGAAGUACUUAAACUGCAGAACACAAUAUUAUUCGAAGAGAAAGAGCAAGAGACUGUGCGAUGACACGACGAUUUUGUUCAAAAGUUAGUUGAAUUGGAAUUUUCGAAU